ACAGAAUAACAGCAGCAUUAGAGUUGCUCUUUUAAUACAAUGGCUGUUUGGGUCUCCUCAGGGGCUUUGCUCCUUCUGAUGCUGACUGGUGAAAGUUACAGCUACCCUGCAAAGAAAGGUUUUGAUUCUAGCUCCUCCCAUGGCAACAGUCAUGAUGCAAUCCCUUCUUCUGCUGGCUCUAGCUGGGAAAUGCCUUCCUCUGGUGGUCUUGCAGCUUCUGGUUCUGGGGUUGCCUCAACUUCAGCUAACCCUGCAAGUGCUCCACACAGCAGGUACUCUCAACCCAGUGAGAGAGAACUAGCAGCAGCCUAUUACAGCUCUAACUCUCAGCCAAGUCCUCUUCAACCUGCUGCUGAACCAGACUUCACCUGGGCAAUUGCACCUUCUGGUCCUCUUUUUGGUGAGGAAACUUCAAGACCAAGUGCUCCCAGACCCCAUCUUGCUGCUCCUGAACUACAUGGCCCCAUCAUCCCUCCUCCUCCAGUGUAUCAAGCAGGUGAAUUGUCACAUGCAGAAAACCUCUAUGAGUAUGGCGAUUACCUUCGUGAGACGGAGGACCAAGGUUUCCAGUCACCACUUCCUGUUGUCCAUGCUGAAGGAGGACCUGCUGUAGGACUACAUGCUAGCCCUGGUCUUCUACCACCAGACCCAGGACGUUACAAUCCUUACCCUUAUUAUGACUACAGGCUCCUGACAGGCCAGUAUCCUCCAGGCACAUACACUCACUUCAGUGGCAGCUUUGAGCAGGGCAGGAACUACUGGGAAGACUCCCACUACUUAAGAUACGACUAUCCUGCCAACCCCAUUACUCAGGAGGUUGAGAUCCCUGCUGACGUUCAAGCUCCUCAGCCCAGCCAACCUGUUAAGCGGCCUGUUGGGAGUACGAGCCGUGGUACAGUGACUGGACAAAACCAGCCACACGGCAGUGUUGGCCUUUCAGGGUCUUAUGCCCCAGCAAGUCGAUUCAACCUAGGCAAGGCUGGCAUUAAGGAAUGAAUCCCUGUGGCUCUAGUUUGCUGAAUUCAAUAAAGAUCACUUUAAACUCA